AUGGGUUUCGAGAAAGAUCAAAGGAAGUACAAAAUAAUUGGACUUAAUACGAAAAUUGGAUUAAGCAGUUCACUCGACGAUGGAUAUCAGUUAAAAGUGAAAAACGUUUCUACGAUCGCAAUUCAAAAUGGUUGGAUUCAUCGGUUGAGAAAGGAUGUAAAACCACCAUCUGCCUCUCCAAAUGUUCCUAAAAAGCGUGGUCGUAAACCAAAGCCUUUUGACCGACUCUCCGAAAAUUCGCAGCAUAGACGGUGCAGACUGCAGAUCAACGACGAUCCUCUAGAACAACUGAUCUGGUCGGCAGAAAAAGCUGCUCGUCAAAGUUGUUUGCCAGCGUUAUCAAAACUUCUUGCCUUGUUGAGAAAGGGUCAAGAAUCUUCGGCAAACGAAAUUCUGCAAGCUUUCGAGAAUCGUUCAAUUCAAUCUGAAUCCUCCACAGAAGCCAGUUUACUUUUGAAAACAAGGCUUGGGCUGAGCAAACGAAAGUAUGAGGCAAUUGCCGCUUUCAGUAAGCAACAUCUUGGGGUUAAACUACUUCAACCCUGGGUGAAAAUUAUUGAGUGCAGAAAUGCAAUAAUUCCUCCAAUAUCUAAGCCCAACUGGGACAGCGGCUACCUAUCCUCCAGCGUUACUGUUCGUAAUCUGGUUAGAUUUGAUGUGGUUCGUAUAUGUGAUAUUGAAGAAGUAGCAGAAAAGGUUAUCUCGGAGGCGACAGAUUCUGGUGUGCUCGACCUCGUUGUUCAUGUUACAGGAGGAGUGGAUUCUGCGACCGGAUUUACCCACUAUAAUCAAGGUAGUAUCACCGGAAAAGAUGAUUCGCUAUUAUCUGAACAUUAUAUGACCCUUAUGAUAGUGACACAAGCCGGAAAUCUUCUUUGGCAGAAUCCAAGCCCACAAUCGGAUUAUUUCUGUAGAGUCAGAUCUAUGAAUUGGGUCAAAGAAAAUGAUGCACUAACAAGGUCUAUGUUCAGCCAAUUCAUGGAGGAAUUGGAAGAUAUUAACCGAAUCCCAAUUGAAGUCCAUGCACACGGAAAAAUUAUUCUAUGUGGAAUAUACACUCUAAUCGAUGGGAAGGCUGCCAAUGCGAUCGUGGGUAACCGAGAUACACAUGCGUGCCCUUUGUGCGUCCAAGGGGCGGAUCCACGAAUAGGCCCUUCGCUAUUCCACUCUAGAUUGAAUACCGUUGAAUGGCUGAUCCGACAUUCUUCUAAGAAGGCUGUUUGUGGGAAUCCAGCUUUGACAAAUCCAGAAGUGAAGGCGAAGAUGAGGCAGAUUUCGAAUGACUUGGAAUCACAUUUCAAAGUCCAAGUAAACCGUCCAAAGCCAGGAGGUAGUGGAAGCUCCAAUAACGGCAAUAUGGCACGGCGUCUGUUAUCGGAGCCGGUAAAAUUGGCCGAAAUUCUCGGUAUCAACAGCGAGCUUGUGUGGAACCUUCGAAUAAUUAGCUGUUUAGCUCUAUCAUCAAAACGACUUGACCCCAACAAGGUAUCUGCGUUGACCAAUUGUAUUGAAUUACAAAUCAAUACUGAAUUUCCCUUCACAAAAAAACUCCCACCGUGUAUCCACAAGUACACGCAUCUGAGCGAGUUUAUACAGAGAGUACCAUAUCCUCUAAGCUUCUUGGAUGAACAAGCAGGUGAAAGGUGCCAUAAGCGGUACAAAUUUAUACGACCACAUCUUUCUCGAAAAACAUCUCCAGAAACCAACCUUGAAGAUAUGAUGAAAGCUUCAUUAACAUGGUCAGAUCCUAAAAUGUCGCUGACUUCGUUGCGUAAACAAAUAAGGCAACCAACCGACGAAGAAUUUCAAGAACGUUUGAAAUGCUAUUACCUGGAUCCCAGUGAUGUACAAACAGACGACUUCAUAGAGGACAUGUGUGCCAUAGAAGACAGUGAUGAUGAUAAUGACGAAUAA